GUGAUACCGUAACGCAUAUAAGCGUUUCCCGGCGGUCCGUCUUCACUUCAGUUUUCAUUCGUUCGGUGAGCCAGUAUUACGAGUCACCAUUUUCAACCGAAUCAUCCAUCAUCAGCUAUAGCUGGCGAAAGCGCUGUCGAUAAGAUGGAAUUUCUGAGUUUCGAUCCUAAGAGCAAAUCUUUGGCGUUGAAAAAAGCUGCCGUCCCUGUGCCGAAGGGUACGGAAGUUCUGGUCAAAGUUUCAUAUUCUGGAAUUUGCGGGACCGAUUUACACAUCAUAGAUGGUAGUUUUCCCUGCAAAGAGAACGGCCCGUUGGUAAUGGGUCACGAAUUUUCCGGCCUGGUGGAGUCGAUCGGUUCGGAAGUCACCGCAUUUUCGGUCGGACAGAGAGUCGUUGUGAAUCCAAACGACGGUUGCAACACAUGCAAUCAUUGUCACGGCGGUAAUUACCAUUACUGUCCUCGCGGAGGAAUCCACAACACCAUUGGAAUUUUCCGAGACGGUGGAUGGUCCAGCCACGCCGUUGUCCCGGAGACACAGGUGCAUCUGGUUCCCGAUGGAGUUUCGCUACCCCAAGCCGCACUCGCCGAGCCUCUGUCCUGCCUGGCUCAUGGAUGGGACAUGAUAAAUCCGGUGACUAUUGGAACGAGAAUUUUAGUGAUCGGCGCCGGAAUAAUCGGCUCUCUUUGGGCGUCUCUGUUCCACCUGUACGGGCAAAGGAAGAGUGUUAUUGUUAGCGAGCCGCAGAGUAAACGGAGACAGCUUUUCAGAAAUCUCGAUUUGGAUUAUCAGGCGGUAACUCCCGCUGAUCUGAAUGGAAGAGAAUUCGAUUUAGCGAUAGACUGCAGCGGUUCAGCUGCCGCUAUGGAGGCAGCAUUUCCCUUACUAGGCAACGGAGGGCGACUCUGUGUCUUUGGUGUUGCUAGUCCUCAGGCAGAGCUCAGAAUAAAACCGUUCGAGAUCUACAUGAAGGAGUUGACCGUAUUCGGCGUGAAUAUCAACCCGUUCACAUUUCCGAAAGCUUUGUCAUUGGUAACAGCGAUGGCUGAUAAAUAUCUGGAUUACAAAAAGCUUGGAAUCGGUAUUUACAAACUGUCGCAGUACCAGGAGGCUCUAAACGCCCUAAAAAACGGAGAUAUUAGCAAAGCGGUUUUUAAGUUUUAAGUCAUUGUUAUCAACUUAUUAUUUAAUAGACUCACAAUUAGGUAUAGGAUCGAAGAUGGGCUGCAUAACAGGUGUGUUUUAUUAGUCACUUUUCCAGAGUUUCGAGAGACAAAAUGUAUAAAUGUUAUUCAAAAUUCCUCACAUUUUCGAACUUACUACCUAAGAGAACUAUAGUCUAGCAUCGGAAUGAAAUCGCCGAUGAUUGAUAUUUUUGAGUCGUAAAGUAACGGAAAAUGUAAAAAAGUAAGUAAUAAAGAAAUGAAUAAAUAAACGGAA